CGAGAGCAGUAAUGGCGGCCGGUUAGACCCAUACACCGACACCGCGUCCGCAAACAGCCGCACUCACCGCAGCCCUCCGGGGGCAGCCAGCCUCACACACCGCGGCGGAGCUUGCGCCACAGACACGGAGCGGAGACACGGGCUUAAGGGGGGGACGGGAAUCCUUUAUUGGAACGCUGCUGCCUGGGACUUUCCUUCUACUUUUCUAAAAAAAAAAAAAAAGAAAAAAAAAGAAAAAAAACAUGGAUGAGCACCCCGGCGGAGGAGGAGGGGUCGGAGCGGGCGCUCCGCGACAGCCUCCGCCGCCGCAGCAGCAGCAACAACAGCAGCAGCAGACGGGGAGCAACAGCAGCGCUAAUCCGCCGAUCGGAGGCGGUGGAGGUGGCGGUGGCGGAGUCAUGGUGCCGCACCAGCCGGACGAGCUGCCCCGGCCGCAGCAGCAGUACACCAUCCCCGGCAUCCUGCACUACAUCCAGCACGAGUGGGCCCGGUUCGAGAUGGAGAGGGCGCACUGGGAGGUUGAGAGGGCCGAGCUCCAGGCGAGGAUAGCGUUCCUGCAGGGGGAGAGGAAAGGUCAGGAGAACCUGAAGAACGACCUGGUUAGAAGAAUAAAAAUGUUAGAAUACGCUCUAAAGCAGGAAAGAGCAAAAUACCACAAACUAAAAUAUGGAACGGAGUUAAACCAAGGGGAGAUGAAGAUGCCAAGCUUUGAAUCAGACACCAAAGACUCAGAGGUCUCUGCUGUUCCUGCCAACAGUCAGCUCACCUGGAAACAAGGAAGACAACUACUCAGACAGUACCUGCAGGAAGUCGGAUACACAGACACCAUCCUGGACGUUCGUACCCAGAGGGUUCGCUCUCUGCUCGGCUUGUCGGGCUCCGAGCAGAACGGUUCUGUGGAGAACAAGAACCUGCAGCACCUGAUCAACGGGACAGAGCGCCGCAAGGACAGCAAGAGGAGUCCAGGUGAUGUUCUGGAGACAUUUAACUUCCUGGAGAACGCAGAGGACAGUGACGAAGACGAGGAUGAGGAGGGAGACCUGAUGGACGACAUCAGCACCGACAAACACCACCGAGCCAAGAAACACAAGACCAAGGUUGGGAACGAGGGCUUGGCAUCGGAGGACGAUGCUGACACGGAGGAGGCACUGAAGGAGUUUGACUUCUUGGUGACGGCCGAGGACGGAGAGGGAGCGGGCGAAGCUCGGAGCUCUGGAGACGGGACAGAGUGGGCGGAGCCUCUACCGUUUCCCACCGGUGGGGGGAAAUCCUUCCUGUUGGGGGGGUCGGACGACGUGUUGGAGAGCGUGCUGGGUUUGGGUGACCUCGCUGACCUCACUGUCACAAACGACGAAACAGACUACAGCUAUGAUCUGCCAUCCAAUAAGGAGUCUUCGUUCAGGAAGACGUGGAACCCAAAGUACACGCUGCGGAGCCACUUUGACGGCGUCCGAGCGCUGGCCUUCCACCCUGUCGAGCCCUGCCUGGUCACCGUGUCCGAGGACCACACCCUCAAGCUAUGGAACCUCACCAAGACCGUCCCUGCCAAAAAAAGUGCCUCUUUUGACGUGGAACCCAUCUACACAUUCAGAGCUCACGUUGGUCCAGUGUUGUCGUUGGCGAUGACCUCCAGUGGUGAACAGUGUUUCAGUGGAGGCAUCGACUCGACCAUCCAGUGGUGGAACAUCCCCAGCUCAAAUGUCGACCCCUACGACACCUACGACCCCAGUGUCCUCGCGGGGUCGUGGGCGGGGCAUACGGACGCCGUGUGGGGACUGGCUUACAGCGGCAUCAAGAACCGCCUCCUGUCCUGCUCGGCCGACGGAACGGUGAAACUGUGGAACCCGACGGAGAAAAACCCCUGCAUCUGCACUUUCAACACAAACAAGGAGCACGGGGUCCCCACAUCGGUGGACUUUAACGGUUGUGACCCCGCCCACAUGGUGGCGUCCUUUAACAGUGGAGACGUGGUGGUGUACGACCUGGAGACCUCCCAGCAUGCACUGGUGCUGAAGGGGCAGGGAGACGGCACCCUCCCGGGGUCGAAUCAUAUCAAUAAGGUGGUGAGUCAUCCCACGCUACCCGUCACCAUCACCGCUCAUGAAGACAGACACAUCAAAUUCUACGAUAACAAGUCAGGUAAAGUGAUUCAUGCCAUGGUGGCUCACCUGGACGCCGUGACCAGUCUGGCUGUGGAUCCCAACGGGAUCUACCUGAUGUCCGGCAGUCACGACUGCUCCCUGCGUCUGUGGAACCUCGACAGUAAAACAUGCGUUCAGGAGAUCACGGCUCACCGUAAGAAGAGCGAGGAGGCCAUCUACGACGUGGCCUUCCACCCCUCCAAGGCCUACAUCGCCUCCGCCGGAGCUGACGCCCUCGCCCGGGUCUACGUCUAGACGAGGAGGAGAAGUAGCAGCCGACUGCGGGGCGAGAGACUCAGACACACACAGAGAGAGAGAGAGAGAGACAGGCUAGUCUGUUCACACACAUACAUGAUUCAGGUCUGUUCAGGUCUCUGAACACAGAAUAUAUAUUAAAGAAAGACUGGAGGUAAUGAGGAUCUCCACUGGACAACUGAAAACACACACACACACACACUCGCACUUACACACAGUUUAAGUUAAGAGGUGGAGUGUUGCCGUCUCCCUCCGACUGACUGAAGAGACUGAGAAACGUUGUGGAGACGCUGUUUAAACCUGCAGGCCGACACACGGCAGCUCGCCUGCAGCUCGCCUGCAGCUCACCUGUCCUGUGAUGUCACCCCCCCCCCCCCGACUGCAGGGCCCCGACCAUAGCGCUGACGACACUACGUGAAGCCCCGACCCCCGCCCCUCCCUCGCAUUAAUGCUAGUUUGGCCUCCUGAAGCUCAGACGGGGGCAGAGCAGACGACGGAGUUAAAGGAGAAAUCCCCCCAAUCGGCUCAGUGAUGUUCUCGUUUCUGUCUGCGUUCAGUAGUUUGGUGUGUUCUUCAUCCUCCUGUCAAAAACUGACCACACAGACGGCACCAACAUCAGGUCCAGAUGUUUCCUGUGUGAUUCUCUCAGUAGUAAACGUUGAGUAAACGGUUUUGGCAUCAGUCCCUCAGAGAGCCGCCACUUUGCACCGGUGUUCAGCAGUCGAACAGGGAAGAGCCCCACAGCGGUUGAUUUUUGCACAGACUCAGUAUCGUUACACCCCUGAGCGUUGAUUAGUCCAGCUACGGAAAAUUAACAAUUUACGAGAUUAUUGUGGCAUUUUUGCCUUUUAUUGGACAGUUUCCCAAACGGAAUCCGGCCGGUGGCGUUGCAGUUAGAUGGUGUUCAUCUUAACCGCAAGGCCCCCGGACCUUUUAAUGAACAGUGUCAGUAUCGGACUCAUGGUUUCAGUCAUUUAUCAAUCUGCAGCGGCCGAUUCUCCAGCUUUUCUGUUCUGUCACAGUAACUGAAUCUCUCUGUCAGUUUUGGACAAAACAAAGACGUCUGAGGACGUCGCCUUGGACUGACGCUGGGAUGGACAUUUUCCACCGUGGUCAAACAUUUCAUAGCCUAAACCACUGACCAGUGAGUCAGUAAUGAAAGUAAAGAUUAGCAGCGGCCCUGAAUUGUAAAACCUCUUGACGCCGGCGUCACUGUCACCUCCUCCUAAAGCAAACGGGCUUGUUUUCAGUUCAGAGUGUCGGCAUCAGUCCCGUCAAUGCAGUUCCGCGUUUCGGCCGCAAAUCUAGGUUUUGCUGACCUGGCUGACCUUCGAUCUCCUCACCUCGCCGCAGUGAUGUGGAAGUGUACUCCAGGGUGUGUCAGUGCACCGCGACAUCACAUCGUGUUUCACACGGGAGCAAACAGGCCAGAAAAACGUUGCGACGUCGAACGCGCCCCAGAUUUGACCCCGAGGAUUGACGUUAACGCCGACCGAGGGAAGCUGCGUUCACUUCCAAGUUAACGAAACCGUUUAAAUGCGGGGAAGUGUUGCAUGUCACAAACUGAGCUGAGCAGCAGUGGAAGAACAUCUGAGGCGGAUUUUUCCUCCAGCUGCAGCACGGGGGGAAAAUCAGCUGGAUUCAAAACGGGAGCAGAUCAUUUGACGUUUUAACCAACCGUGGUUUCUUUUAAGUUUUUUUUAAUAAUCAAAUCUGAACCAAAGCUUGAGGAGAAGAACAACAAGAAACAACGGUUCUCAGAUUUUAACCUGCCCAACUUUUUUACAGUGUUUUUUAAGAAAUAUCAAUUGAGAGAACUCAACAUUAUCUGUUGAUUUUUGUUUCUAAAAACUCCAGCAACGACCACGUCGGGUUAGAAAUCAGAUCGUCUGUUGCCGUUUCUCUGAGCAGGUUUGAGCUGAUUGGAUGUAGAGGACUGGUUCAACCUCCCCCACCUCCGCCCCUGGUGGGCCAAUCAGAGCCCUGCGUCUAAACCCCACCAAUGUGAGGAGCAAAGCAUUCAGACAGUUAGCGUUACUGCAGUUCCACGGUUUUUCUUUGUGUAAAAUAAAUCUAGUUUUUAUAAUCCUUUUUUAUAAACGUCUCGUUCACGGCACCGAGGAGGACUCUAGUUCCUCUUUCCCGUCCAGUCCUGCCGUCGAAGCGCUCGCAGAACCCCGCCCAUCUACGCCCCGUUUCCCGUCGCCUCCGUCUGACCUUUCAAGAUGGAGUCUGGUUGUUGCGAGAAGACCUGGGUUCAGUUUCUGGACCCUGUCGCAGACUUUUAAUGCAGAGAGUAAAAGAGAGAGAGAGAGGGAGCUGCUCAGGAGUGUUGAGACUCGGCCGAGGAAGAGGAGGAGGUGAAUAUAUAGUGACCCGACAGAGGGAAACCCAUUAUUAUUGAGGUCUUUUCACUUCCUCCUUAAUGAUGCUGCGUUCACGUCUCAUGGGAAGGAUGGUAGAGACAGACAUGAUACACACACACACACACACACAUAGUUGAAUAAGGCUGAAAAAGAUCAGUUAAAGCCACGUGGACGUGGUGUGAACAGCUGCUGUCGUCUGAGGUUUGUGUUUAAUAUGGAAGGAGGGGCUGAAAAAAAUUCCCGUCGACUUUUCCUCAACAGUCACGAUCGCUUAUUGUUUGUCCUCUGGGUCUUGGCGUGUUACAACAAAUUCAGGAAAAUGUUGAGCGGGAAUUUAAACUGACUAAAACACUAAGGUUUGAAAUAAAGACAUCAGCUCUCAGUCAGACGCAGGCUUGGACAUUCGGUUUAGUGUCGUCACCGACAGGAAAAUGAUAAAGCGGCAGAUUUAUUAAAAACCGUCUCUUCCUCACAGCGUGUGAAGGGAUUUCACACCGUUGACUUAAUUGAUCCAGCACCGUAAACUCUUCCCACGGCGGUCCCAGCGGAGCGGCCCCGAUCCCAAACGUACUGAAACGUAAAGUGUGUCCCAGUCCACUGUCCCCUUUUAAGAUCAAAUGUUGACAUUCUGGCCAGCUCUGUUCCUGGAGGACACAACGGCAGAGUAUUCAUGUGCGUUCACGUCUUCUGUGGUGCACUCAGGCAGUUCUCGUCAGUUCCAGGGUCCGUUUGUCGUUCUCAGCUUCACCGUGAAGAAUCCAAAUCCAGGUUUGACUGCAGAAAUCAGAUUUUUAAAAACAAUAUUUGAUUUCCAUUUUUAGUGUGAAAGUUUUAUUUAUAUGUGUAGCUGGGACGGAAAACUGUAAUAUGUUGUCUUUUUGUCCAAGCUGAUAUUACUCCAAGAAGAGGAAGCAAUGAUUGAUUUUAUAGUUGUUUUGUUUUUUUAAUUGUAAAGAUUUUUGAUCGUGGUGUAUUGUGUUGAAGUGAAAUAUCACAGCUCGUUUUUUCAGCAGUUUGAGGCCAACUUCUGUUGAUAAAUUAGGAAAUAUUCGGCUUUACAGAGUACCUGAACGCACCACAGUCUCAGUCAGAGUGUCGGGUUUAAACAGUAACAGACGGCCUCGUUUAGCAGCUGUAGCUCUCCUCCUCCUCCUCCUCCUCGUACUCAUAUCACGGUGUGAUUUUUCUCUUCACUUUUCUUCUUCACGGCUUCAACAAGCAGGAGUCAAGUUAUUUAUAUCAUUAGACGGUUUUUAGUCUCGUCUUUGUGAGGAGAAAACUAGUCCCGACCUGCCACGCGGGGAGUUUCAUGUUAUCGCUGUGGUUUGUUCUGAUCCACACUUCUGUUUGUUCUAAUUUAAUUCUUCUAACUGAAGGGAUUUGUAACGCGAGCGGCUCCUGGUUCAUCACAACUCCAAACACAAUCUUUUCAUGUUUGUUUUAUUUUCACCAACGCUACAACUUACUGUGUAACUAAAGACUUUUUUUUGUUUGUGUAAUGCAUGAGUAAUACAAUAAAAGUAUUUUUUCUAGUCUUCCAGAAAAUGGAUUAAAAAAAAAAAAGUUCUGAUCAGUUUGCGAGUUUUGAUGAGUUUUGUAAUUUUUUUUUUUUUGAUUUACAAACUAUGAAACAGCAGAUUUUAAAGAUUGUACCACAUAGCAGAAUACAACUGUUGAAAUGUAUAUAAAAUGUCUAUAAUAACUAUUAAAUGGUGUACCUGUACAGAG